AUGGUGACACUGGCGUCAACAUAUAUGAGCAACUAUGACACAUAUGCGGCACCGGUUGAGAAAAAAAAGGGCACGCGUAAGACGGAAAAGGGCAAGGCCGGUACAUCACACAGUCUAGCUGCUACACAUAGCCUGGCAGUCCGACGAGUGAUCAAACAGGUGCACGAGAGUCGCCUAGUACUGGAGAGCAACCAGGGCGCUCUGCUGAUGGAUCCGGUGGAGUUUGAGGCUAUCCAGCCACCCGGUAGUACUAUGAAGGUGGUUGUGGGGAUGACUAACGUUGACCCAAGUGUUCAGUACACCCUGUUGAGCUAUGCGUUCCUCUCUGAUGUGCCCGAGACCGCUUUCAGCGUUCCAACGACAAUGCCGAUGCAGAUCAGGCCGGGGACCCAGAACUUAGAUCUGGUUGUGGAGUGCACGAGCCCGCACUUCGGUGUGUGCCGAGAUAUAGUGAGCUUCGCGUUCCAGGUGGACGCCGAUGUAGAUUCGCAAUUCACAAUCAGUCGUUUCCUCGCCGCGCGCUUUGGGUCGUUGGAGACAAUCGACAUGUUGUCGCCGUCAACCGGAUAUGACAGACAACAGUACAAAACCAAACGGGAGGAACGAUCCAGUGUAUGGAACCAACAUUUGCCGUCUGUAAAGGUACCCAAACAGAGUCUCGAGGGCAAACUAAAGAUGUUCAAUCACACGCACCCGUAUCCCCUGCCACAGUCGUGGCGUAGCAUGACCGCUGUGGACGUGAGCAACACGUUGGAGGGGCUGCUGCACUGCUUCUCGCUGCCGCAGGGGUGUCAGGACUGGUCACAUACAGAGGAAGAGCAUGCGCGAUGGUAUAAGGAGCUGUUCCGUGCGCUUUUGUUUGCUGAGGAGAAGCGACAGAUUGAGAACUUACACUCCUACGACAUGUCCGACUAG